AUGGCAAGCCCUUUUGCUUCAAUUGCAAACCAGAGAGUCACGUCCCAACGACCGCCGCGAGAAACACCAGAACUAGAUUUUGACAGAUGCGCUGCGUUACACAACACAAUAGCCAUCUAUGGCUGGCUACGUAGUGGCCGUAAGGUCGCUGACAUGGACCGCAAAACCUGGUGGCAGAAGCGCGGUAACCCAACUCUGGAAGUCCUCCUACGGCCUUCUUUGGUCAAGUACCUAAAGAAAAUCUUUGAUCUGCCUGGAGGAGACGGAAGCCAUUUCUUCUAUUACAUCAGCAGAGUCUCUAAGCCGAGGGAGAUGUUGUAUCUUGGAGAUUUGCUGAAUGACGAAGAAAAGAAGAUCAAGGGGAGAAGCAUCGAUUCAUCACUUUGUACAUGA